AUGGAUCGACGAGGAUGUGGAAGGGGGCGUGGGCGUGGGAUUCGGCAGCCCUGCACUCCCGAGAGAGGUGAGGGAUCUGUGACUGGUCCAAACCAAAACCCUAGGAACGAAGAGGGUGACCAAGUGGCUACGGCCAUUAACCGCAUAACCGAUGUUCUUGAGUGUUUAGUUGAGUGCCAAGGCCCUGAACCAGCCAACCAACCUAAGAACCAAGAGAGGGGUGAGGAUAGAGCUUUAGAGCGUUUCUUGAAGUUCACCCCACCUAGGUUUCAUGGAGGAUCAGAUCCUGAGUUAGCGGAGAAUUGGUUGGAAAGGAUGGUGGAGAUUUUUGCUGCCUUAGACUAUGCUGAGGAAAGCAAGCCUAAUCACAUUGAGGCCGAAUGCUGGAGAAAGAAAGGAAAAUGUCUGAUUUGUGGUAGUGUCGAGCACCAGAUUUCUAGUUGCCCUAGUACCUCCAAGGAAGGAGGAAAUACCCAACAGCCUGCUAGGUCUGCUUCAAAGCAGUCAAAUGCCGAAGGGAGCCGACCGAAAGUGCCAGCUAGAGUUUACGCCUUAGACAAUCAGCAAAUCCUUAACCCAACUGAAGUGGUUGAAGGUACAAUUUCUGUUUUUCAUCGCUUAGCUGGAGUUUUAAUUUAUCCCGGGGCAACCCAUUCUUUCAUAGAUCCUAACUUUAUGAAGGGUGUAGAUGUAAAAUGUGAUUUCUUGCCUUUUGAUUUAGAGGUUAAGACUCCUACGGGGAACCAAUGCCUGAUUGCUAAUAAAGUUUAUAGAAAUUGGGAAAUUUGGAUUGGUGAGAGAAAAUUGUUGACGGAUUUAAUGAGUUUAGCAAUUAAGAGGUAUGAUGUGAUACUUGGGAUGGAUUGGUUAGCUCGGUACCAUGCUCAAUUGGAUUGUAAGAUGAAACUUGUAGAGUUGCGCAUUCCUGGGAAAGCAACUUUGAAAUUAAAUGUGAAGUUGGAAAACGUGCCGGUAGUAAGGGAGUUUCCCGACUUCUUUUCCGAAGAAUUAGAGACAUUACCUCCGGAGAGGAAAAUAGUGUUUAAAAUUGAUGUGGCUCCGGGGACGGCCCCUAUUUCUAAGACACCUUACAGGAUGGCUCUAGUUGAAUUAAAGGAAUUGAUGUUGCAAUUACAAGAUUUAUUAGGAAGAGGUUUUAUCAGAGAAAGUGACUAA